GGAAUUUCUUGUUUUGAAGGCCAGAUUCAACAUGGCUGCUGCCAUGCAGACGUUCUUUGUGUUCCUGCUUGUUGCUGCAAAGCAUGAGGAAGUUCAGCCACCAUGGAUGUAAAAGAAAUAGUCCACUGUGCUCUGCAGAUUGAGAGAUCCCACGCAGACAGAAGCUACGGGGACGUCUUGACCCUCCUCGGUGACCUUGAUAAACUGAAACUCACAGCAGAGCAGCUGGAGACGACGGAUAUCGUCAAAGUUCUCUACAGGCUCCUGAAAACUUGCUGCGACGACAAUGUGAAGAAGACAACAAAGAGCUUGUUGUCGAAGUGGAAGAGACAGUACAGCAAGGAUGCACGAGGUGUGAAGUCCACAGUGUGCAGGGUGGACGAGGUUGGGGAUGGAGGGGAUUCCCACUCCUGUUCAGAACAAGAAGCUUCGUGUUCAGGGGCAAAAGAUGGCCUCCAGACUGUUUCCGCCUCUGCAUCCUGCAGUUUGUCAUCAGUAAGAUCAAAAUGUGCUCAGCUCCUUCUCGCCGCCCUCUGCCCUGAACUUCCUGCUCCGGACACGACUGCAGAGCUGGCCGGCGACGUCGAGCAGCACAUCCACGAGCUCCACAAAUCCAGCCAGGUCAAAUACAAAGCCUGCGUGAGGAGCAAGGUGGCCAACUUGAGGAAUCCUAAAAACGCGCAUCUUCGGCGGGGCCUCCUGAGCGGCUCGCUGUCGCCCGGGGCCUUCGCUCGGAUGUCUGCGGAGGAGAUGGCGAGCGCAGAGCUCCGGCAGCUGAGGGAGGAGUACUCGUCCCGCGGCGUGAGCGAAAGGCAGCUUCCUCAAGGGAUCGAAGGGACGCAGACGGAGAAGAUACGCUGCAAGAAGUGUGGGGGAUCGGACUGUAGGGUGACGCAGAUGUCCAGGGGGGCGCUUUUCUUACCUGCGUGGGUGAGACGGGGCGGCCCCGACGAAGACGCAAUGACCUUUGUGACCUGCAGCCAAUGUGGGCAGCAAUGGUACCACAGCGGCUGGAUCUGCCUCUAAAUCCAAGUAUCAGAUUAAUCAUUGGGUUUCUUCUAUGCCAGUCGAUCAGCUGUGAACAGUUAAAGUCAAAUAUUUACUUCUUCCACCUUCUCGUAUGAGAAUAUUUGCUAGUUUUCUUCAUUAUCUUGAAAUGUCAAGGAAAUUAUCCGUUAUCUCAGGAUAACAUUUCAAGAUAAAGACCUCAGUAACUCUCGAGAUUGCGGACUGAUGAAUGCAUGACCGCUUCGGGCUUCCGUAGUUUUCUAUGACAGUAAACAGAACAUGUUCGGACUGAGAGCAGAUGUAUAAUUUCAUCCUUCCUGCACAGGAAUGAUCAUAAAAAACGAGGAUUUAAUCCCUUACAGAUGUUGAGCGUUUGUAGACGCAGUGGGUCAUCUUUCUUAUCGUCGACUUAUUGAUUGAAAAAAUGGUUAGAAAUGGUGCAGGGUGGCCAAGUUGACGUAUUUAUAUUGCUUCUUUUGUAGCUCCAACACAAAUAUUCAAAAUAAACCCAGCCAAUAUUCACGGCGAGGAGCUGACUAAUAGUCAACCAAUCGUUGCAGCUCUGCUGUGGUUGCACAAUGCGUGAAACCGCCUUUAUUGUUGUAGCUUUUCUGCUUUCUGUCCGUGAAGAG